AGGAGGAAGGUGGGCUGCGGCGAGUGCGAGACCGCCAGAGAUGGCGGCGGCCCCCGGGAGUUAGGCUUGUGGGUGACAGAAUUCUGCUGUUUACAGACACUGGUAUUUCUACACACUAGAAAUCUGAAAGCGAAUUUCGUUCAUAGAACAGUUUUAAAAAAAAACUGGAUCAAAAUAUUUUACCAUGGAGACUAAGGACGUAAAGAAAGAAAGAAGUCCUGGUUAUUUAGCAAGGUUGAAGAAAAAAACAAAACUAAAACCAAAGGAGCAACCUGUUGUUUGCUGUACUGAAAAUCCUUCACCCAGAAUACGUGUACAAACUAGUGAAGAUUGUGCUGAAGAAAAUUUAGAUAUAUCUUUACGUUUGGUCAAAAAUAAAGAUUCUCCAGCUCAUUCCAAAACAUCUUCAGCUAAUGGGGACACUGCUGUGAAAGACAUAAAGAAACCAUUUGGAAAAGUAACCAGACAUGCUGGCCCAAAAAAGUAUUACUUUACUGUUGCCAAUCAUGACAAAGAAAAGAAAGCAACAUCUGGGAAACUACUUGGAGCCCUUGAGUACGAGGUGGACUAUCGAGAUACGAUUACUAACAUAGCUUUGAAUUUCAACACUACUCCAACUGAAAUUGUGUACAACAAUAAACUUUUCAGUUGCACUGUUAUUCCUGGCCAGAUUUUAUAUGUACCAGACAUUUGUUCUCCAGAUUUUGGUAGACCUGUUACACCAUCGUCAUCUGAUGCCAAAUAUAAGCUUCCAAAUGCUGACCUUGCAAGAACAACAACUGAGAAAAAUUUCCACUCCCCACCACUGCGUUUACAUCCCAUUUUGAGAGUAAUGUCAUCUGGUUCAGAAGAAGAUGAACCACCUAUCGUAAAGUUUUUAAAAAUGAACUGCAGAUACAUUACAGAUGGCAAGGGUGUAGUAGGAGGAGUUAUGAUUGUCACUCCAAACAAUAUAAUGUUUGACCCACACAAGUCUGAUCCUCUCGUAAUAGAGAAUGGUUGUGAAGAAUAUGGGCUCCUAUGCCCCAUGGAGGAGAUCAUAUCCAUUGCAUUAUACAAUGAUAUCUCCCACAUGAAAAUUAAAGAUGCACUUCCAUCUGAUGUACCAAAGGAUCUUUCUCCUUUGUACAGGCCUGAGGAUUGGGACGAUCUUUCAGCUGAAAAAGACCUCAAUCCAUUCAAUCGAUUCAAAGCAAUGAGUAAAAACCGCCAUUUGAGAGUCGAUGAUAAUUUCGAAAACUGUUCGGACCACAAAGAUGUGGGAGAUGCAGCUGAUGAAGGUUUCACAGAACUUGCACCAUCCCCAGUUAAAGAUAAAAAUGCAACAGUUUCUACCACUAAUAGUGUCUCUACAGAUCUGGCUCAUCAUAUACCAUUAAAAGCAAAUGCAACUGAAUCUGCCCCUGAAAAGCAUGGAUAUUAUAAAUGUGGGUCGACUACAGUAAUUUCUGAAGAGGAACUUAUAGGUACAUCCGAUGCACUGAAGUCUAAGAGACAUGAAUUUGAGGAAAACAAUGACCAUGAUGUUCAUCAAACAAUACCUGAAAAAACUGUAACAAAAGAAUUACCAAAAAAGUACAUUCAUUCUUGUGAGAAGCAAUGUACAAUAGAAAUUGCAUCUGAUGAUAGUAAAUCUGUGCAAAAUGAAAAUGCCUGUAACAUUGCUAAUAUUUCAUCUGUUAAAAUCGAUGGGAGUAACCUGGAAAGUGAUUUGAAUAAUUUGAGUGAAGUUCCUCCAGUGCAAGUUGCUUGUUCAACUGAUCUCAAACCCCACAAAGAGAGCUUGAAGUCGACGACAGAAGAAGUCAAUGAGGAAGUGGGCUGUGAUUCCGAAUUUGAAGCCUUCUUUAAAAAACUUAAAGGACCAAUAGACGACAUACUUCGAGCAAAGGAGAGAAGUAAGAAGCCACCCAUGUUUAUGUGCAUUAAGGUCGGGAAACCUAUGCUAAAGUCAUUUGCAGGGGACACUGCAGCCAGAAUGCAACAAUAUGUAGAGAAAGGAAAGCAGCCAGAAUAUUGGUUUGCAGUUCCACAAGAAAGUUUGAUCCAGUCUACUUUCUUUGCUGUCUCUUCAUUCCCUCAAGAUCUAUCUUCCCGAAGUUGAGAAUGCCAAACUCUUCUCAAUUGUAAGCCUUACUGUGAACUUAAAUCAUAUUAUAAUUACUAAUUUCAAAGUGCUCUCUUGAUGCAAGCUGUUAUACCAUCCCUGAUUAUUAUAGAAAAUGAGAUUCUUUUCUUGGAGUUUACUUUGGGUUCUGUAGUUGUCUAGUGUCACAUCCAAAAAUGCAUGUUUACUCCCUUUUCCUUCCAUUGUAAACAUCUCCCAAUGUUUCUAUGAUAAAUUGAACCCAUCCUCUUCCCUCAUUUAAGAAUAAAGUUUCUGGUCUAAUGCCUUUUUUAACCUGAGGCAUGUAGCAAGUUCCAACAGCAAGUUAAUUCGCUUUAAUAUUGUUUACUUCAAUCCACAGUGUUUCCAUGGCUG